AUGCCGCGUGAAGAGCUCCUUGAUUUCAACGCCGAGCGGCUUGACAAGCAGAUGGCGGAUCUGCUCGAGUCCUUCGAAAACCACCCCCUGAUGCAACCGCCAAACACCCACCCAACCAUCUUCUUCAUGUUUGACUUUAUUCGCAACACCCACAAUGCGCUGCUAGCCAUCGAUGCAGACAAGCUCCGUGCGGGCGACAAGGAAGCCAAGAGGCAGGCGUCCGACGUCAUCAGCCGCAACCACUUCACCAACCUCCUCAUCGACGAUCCUACGGGCAAAUUGGCCCUCAUGACCGGAGGUGACCCCCGGAACCCGGUGGACUUUGGUCCGGAUAUCAAGGCCAAGGCGCAGGCGCUGUUAGAGGUCUAA